GAUUUUGAAAUUUAGACACGCAGAGUGGACUAGUUGUAGUUUCUCCCCAGCUUCUUUCUCUCUGUUCCUUAUCUUCUCCAAAGACCCUUUUGGCUACUGAUCCGAGAAACAAAGAAAGAGUCAGAGAUGACAAAGACAACGCAGAGAAUGAAAGCAUUGAUGGGCUUUAUCUUUCUGGUUUUGUUUGCAACUUUCCCAGCCUGUUUCUCACAAGACAGUCAGUUUGCCCAUGUUUUGACAAAGUCAACCAGUAAUCGCUUUGGCUCCUCAGCUAUUUUUCCAGUCCAGGGCAAUGUUUAUCCUCUUGGGUACUACUCUGUGCACCUUAAAAUAGGCAAUCCACCCAAGGUUUAUGACCUUGAUAUUGAUACUGGGAGUGACUUCACUUGGGUCCAAUGUGAUGCACCUUGUACUGGUUGCACUAAGCCCCGAGAUCUUCUUUAUAAACCCAAGCAAAACAACCUUGUCAAUUGUGUGGACCCUGUAUGUGCUGCCAUGCACUUGCCGGGAAAACCGAAGUGCAAGGAUCCGAAAGAGCAAUGUGAUUAUCAGGUCAACUAUGCAGAUCAGGGUUCUUCUUUAGGUGUGAUCAUCAAGGACAACUUUCCCCUUCGACUUUUUAAUGGCUCCAAUAUUGCCCCCCGUUUGGCCUUUGGGUGUGGAUAUAACCAAAAAUAUUCUGGGUCACACUCUCCACCAUCAACAGCUGGAGUCCUAGGCCUUGGAAAUGGCAAAGUAAACAUAGUGUCACAAUUGCGUAACAUAGGCAUAACAAAGAAUGUGUUAGGCCACUGUUUAAGCGGGCGAGGGGGAGGGUUUUUAUUUUUUGGAGAUGAUUAUGUCCCUUCUUCUGGAAUCGUAUGGACACCAAUUACAAGCAAUCCAACGGACAAACACUAUUCAUCAGGACCUGCUGAACUUGUUUUUGGUGGAACAUCUACUGGUGUAAAGGGCCUCACUAUGAUCUUUGAUAGUGGAAGUUCUUACACUUACUUCAAUUCCCAAGCUUACCAAGCUACAGUCAAUCUGAUAAAAAAGGAUUUAAAUGGAAAGCCAUUAAAAGAUGCUGCUGAGGACAAAUCACUAUCAAUAUGCUGGAAAGGCAAAAAGCCUUUCAAAUCUGUUGGUGAUGUCAAGAACUACUUCAAGCCUUUAGUACUGAGCUUUACAAAUGCCAAGAAUGUUCAGCUGCAACUAUCACCUGAAGCUUAUCUAAUUGUUACUAGACAUGGAAAUGUGUGCUUGGGAAUUUUAAACGGCCAUGAAGUUGGACUCGGAAAUCUUAACUUAAUUGGAGACAUUUCUAUGCAAGAUAAAAUGGUGGUUUAUGAUAACGAGAAGCGUCAGAUUGGAUGGGCUCCUGCAAAUUGCGACAGGCUUCCUAAGUCCUGAACCAUUCUCUUGUAAUUGACUUCCAUUACUAUAAUUCUACUGAGCUUUCACAGAGGGUUUUUUUUUUUUUUUUCCUCAUGUACAUUGACAGCAUUGAUCGUGAUUAUAAUGAAGGUUUUUCUGGACCUCAUGCAGCCAACUUGGAUGGCUUAGUAGAGAAUUAUCUUGCAUUUUUUGCUUCGUGAGAAGAUCAAUAAGCCUAGCCCAAAAGGUUCCAAAA